AUGUAUACAACUCGCCUACCACUCACUCCGCCUACAAAUGAAGUCUCGUCGUUAUUUCAGUUCGACCAUUAUUCCGCUCGUCUCCCGCCAGCCUGGGUCUUCGCCUGUAACUCGCGUCAUAGUUUAUUCAUCCAGACGUCUGUUUCCGUCUCCACAGCUGAGUCCGCUCCUUACCGCUCGUCUCCACAGGAAUCAGUUUUCUCUCUCUCUCUGUUCGAUCUAUCUAUAAAUCAAGUUCCAUGGAAUCCUUCGGUGGCUCGCUCCGGACUUCAUGUCGAGUCUCCGCUUGCGAGCUGGUUUGCGGCGCAUUCGUUCCACAAUAAUGGAUCUGUACAUUUGAAUGACGGAUUAUAUUACACGCUUAGUUAA